GAGCCACGGGACACAGACGAGCGGCGAGGUGCGGGCUGAGCUCCAGGGUCCUCGGCCCUGGCCACCCGGACCCGGCCUCUGGGGCUGCGCGGGCGGCCGUCGAGAGUGACCGCACUCCACCGCUCUGGGCUCGCCGCCGGGAUACCCCACGUUGCGGCCCCGCACCCUGCGCUUCUGCGCCACGGCCCCCCGGCGUCCGGGCUUGGGCGGGCGGUGAGGGCGGAGCUCGCCAUCCCGGGCCGCUUGAUUGGCUGCCUCCGCUUCCCUUUCACUUUCCUGGGCGGUGAAGUUCAAGUGUGAAGUGACUGCUGUCUGCGAGCCCACGCUCUGCCGGGUUGCGAUUUGCUUUUCUAGGGAGGAGUUGACCUCGCCCAGGCUCCUGCCGCAAGGGCUCCACCAGCCCCAUUUCCGGAAACAGUUUGUAUUUAUAUUACUUUCUCGGCCGGUGGAAGAUGUUGGCAUUUAGGUUCGCCUCUACACGAAUGUUUUGCUGGCCACUUAAAUGACUUUAAUUUCUUCAGAAAAGCGAGACAGUUUCUCCCCCAGGUGUUCAUAUCCUUAUUUUUGAUGACAGAUCUUGACGACAGUACAUACAAAAAAUACAUAAAGAUGAUAGCUAACAUAGUUAUAUUGAGCCUGAUUAUUUGCAUUUCUUUAGCUUUCUGGAUUAUGUCUAUGACUGCAAGCACCUACUAUGGUAACUUACAGCCUAUUUCUCCUUGGCGUUGGCUGUUUUCUGUUGUUGUUCCUGUUUUGAUCGUCUCUAAUGGCUUUAAAAAGAAAAGUCUAGAUCACAGUGGGGCUUUAGGAGCACUCGUGGUUGGAUUUAUCUUAACCAUUGCAAAUCUCAGCUUUUUCACCUCUUUGAUGAUGUUUUUCCUUUCUUCCUCGAAACUCACUACAUGGAAGAGAGAAACAAAGAAACGUCUAGAUUCAGAAUACAAAGAAGGUGGGCAGAGAAAUUGGAUUCAGGUAUUCUGUAAUGGAGCGGUGCCCACAGAGCUGGCCCUGCUGUACAUGAUAGAAAAUGGCCCUGGGGAAAUCCCAGUAGAUUUUUCCAAGCAGCACACUGCUUCCUGGAUGUGUUUGUCUCUCUUGGCUGCACUGGCCUGCUGUGCUGGAGACACGUGGGCUUCAGAAGUUGGCACUGUUCUGAGUAAAAGCCCACCAAGGCUGAUAACAACUUGGGAGAAAGUUCCAAUAGGGACCAACGGAGGAGUUACGAUGGUGGGCCUUGCCUCCAGUCUCCUUGGUGGGACCUUUGUGGGCAUUGCUUACUUCCUCACGCAGUUGGUUUUUGUUAACGAUUUAGACAUCUCUGCCCCUCAGUGGCCAAUUAUUGCAUUUGGGGGUCUGGCUGGAUUGCUGGGAUCAAUUGUGGAUUCAUAUCUAGGAGCCACCAUGCAAUUUAGUGGUUUGGAUGAAAGCACUGGCAUGGUGGUCAACAGCCCGAUGAAUGGGGUGAAACACAUAGCAGGGAAACCCAUUCUUGAUAACAAUGCCGUGAAUCUGUUUUCUUCUGUCCUUGUCGCCCUCUUGCUCCCAACAGCUGCUUGGGGGUUUUGGCCCAGACAGUGAACUUUAUUUCAUUUGCAAAAGUUAAAACUGUGGUUAAUUCAGCUAAAUUUGCAAUUCCAAGUUUCAUCCCAGGAAGAGUAAUUGUAAUGACAAAGCCGAAAUGCCAACUCCCCCUCUAUUCCAUUAUGAUGGAAUUCCACAUUUUUCCUUUCUCUGACUUCCUCAUAACAGCUAAUAUCUUUCUGGUGAAAGACAAGAUUCAUAGAAUUUAUCCAUACUUUUCUUCUGCUGAAUGGAACUUGAGCAAUGAAGCUAUAAUGUUCCUAUAUGUUGAACUGAAAGUUCCUGCUUGUUUUGUUUAAAUCAAUAAAGGGACUAAAAGUGAUAAAAUUUUUAAAUGGUUCAGUUGUGGCAGAGAAAUGCCACCAUGCCAGUUAUCCAAAUGUUGUAUCCGUUUUAAGUAUUUAAAUGGAUGUGUGUGGAAGCCUGAAUAAGUAUAAUAUCCUGGACUUCCCCAUUACUUGCCACUUAUUGUAAAAAGUGUGGAGUUUGGUUCCUGGUGAGCUGCAAGGUCUACUCCGUGUUUCUUCUUCCUUCCUCAGGGUUAGUGAUGAAAAAAAAGUAAAUGUCUUUUUCAUGUGGCCAUUAAAAUGCAUGAAAAAAAAUUAUUUUUAAGUAAAAGCAAAAGAGAUAUGUCUAAAACAUGUGCACCUUACUAUAUAUAUCAGUUGGUCUCUGAGCAGAAGUUAUCUUGAAUUUAAUAUUUUUAAUGUAUUUUCUAGCUUUCUUUGAAAUUUGUCAAGGAAUUUGAUUUACAUUGACAUGUUGACCAGUUAAAGAAUUCCUGGAAAAUUAUCGCAAUUAUUAUUUCAUUUGCUGUCCUAGAAUUCCCUGGAAGAUGCUGUGAUUUCCUAUUAUGUACCUUCUAAGCUGUGCCCUCCUUUGCAUAGUCUCAACCAAAGUGAAUUCUACGUUUCAGUUUUGUUCUUCACUUUGAUGUACAUGCUAAAGUAGUUUAAUAUAGUAUGAAUUAUUGUGCUAAAAGUAUUUUGAAAUAUUUCUCAUGUGAUUUCCAUAUCUUUCUUCCCCUGCCCCUUUUGCAUUCAUAGAAAAAUUGAGGAGAGAGUCUAUGAAUAAGCAACUAUAAGAGUGGAGAAAGCUUAGCAUUCUUUAUUGGUGACCCUGCUACAGGGAGUAUCUAGAAAUGACUUGGUUCGGAAAGAAUUUUUUAAAAAAAACAGCUGACACACUUAAGCCUUAAGCCAAGCAACUCAGUGGGUCUCUACUUGUCUUCUUUAUAUAUAAGUUGACAUUACCUGAGCAUCUUAAAAAGAAAAUACUUGUGUCUGGGCUUCACCCACAGGUUCUAAUUUACCUGGUCUGGGGUACAGCCUGGGUAUUGGAACUUUUUAAAGCUCUGGCUGCCCCUUAGAAUCGUGUAGGGAGUUUUCAAAAGCACUGUUGUCAAAGUCCCUCUCUAGACCAAGUAAAUCAGAAUGUCUGAAAGUGAGACCCAUGCGUGGGUUAUUUUUAGAAAGUUCCUUGGGAGAGUCUAACGUUUAAACAGGUUGAGAACUACUAAAUAAGAAUAUCCUUAUACAAAUGUCAAAUCACUAUGUUGUACACCUGAAACUAAUGUUGUAUGUCAAUUACAAUUCAAUAAAAAAGAUAAAGAAAAAAGAAUAUCCUAUA